AUGCCACCGCCCGCGCACACCCCCGUCGCGCCUCCGCGAGAACGUCCCGGCCCGGCCGAACUGCCUACCGAACUGCUCCAACUCGUCGAUUCGCUCUCCGUCCGUUUCGACGACUUGUUCCAAUUCCAACUCCCCCAAUUGAGCCAUUGCGAUGGGCCGAUGCAGCAGCAUGAGGCGCUCGUCGCCGCGUUGAGGAACGAGCUGAAUGGGAUCAAGAGGGAUGUCGAGGUGCGUCAUCCGUUCGAGUGACGAUCGUGCAUGCUUUUCAAAGCAGCGGCCUCGACUUUUGAUUCUUUCCUGAUCUGAUGCACCCCGUUGUCCGACGCGCACACUCGCUCAGGAACUCAAACUCCAAGUCGACGACCUCGACCGGGCACGCGAUCGAAGGGCCGGACUGCAACAUGUUCAACACGUACAACAACUAUUCGACGCGUACGUACAUGUCUUUGUUCUGCGCAGGAACUCUCUUUACUAACUCCUCCGACCCCAUCCACCUGCACAGCGUCUCGAAGCAAUACCGAGCCGCCGUACUCGCGUCCAAGAAACGGAUCGACCAAGCUCGGCCGAUCACGGGCAGAGAAGAAUUGUUCGCUUCGACGAAUAGCAAAGCCGCGUACCCCACUCGCAGUCAAGGCUUGCAGCCCAAGCCUCCGAUGAUGGGACAGGGAAGGGGAGCGGCGGAUCAAUCGUCAGUUUUUCGUUGGGAAACCUGAUCUUCUUCCUGUGCUCAUUCUGAUUCGUUCCCCAUCCAGUGCCGACGACGCCCUCAUGUCCGCCACCUCGGACGUGACCGAAGGUCUGCGUCGCACUCUCCAACUGAUGCAAACCGAAGUCGACCGUUCGGUCCUGACCAACGAAGCCCUAGAACAACAAACUUCGACCUUGCAAAUGACCAACGAAUCCUACUCGACCUUAUCGUCCCUGCUGAACGUCUCCAAAGCGUUGAUCACCUCCUUGGAGAAGGCCGAUUUCUUGGAUCGGUUGAUCCUCUUGGCCGCGUUGGUGUUCUUCGGGUUGUGUUGCGCUUACGUUUUCAAACGAAGGGUCGUCGAUAAAGGUGUUCGAGUCGCCGGUUUGAUGGGUCAAGUCGUAGGGAGAACCAGUCAAAUUUCGGGCAAGCUGUUGGAGAGAGUCGUCCCCGGUGGUACAGAGAUCUUGGACAAAUGGCUACCCUCGACGGGUGGGGACGGGGGAAAAGAAGGUACGAUCGCCCAAGUCGUGGACAAGGUUGGUCCUGUGGUCAGGAAGGUGGGGGGGUUGGUCAAGAGGCAUGGGAGUGAAGUCGUGAUGACGAUCAUCACCACCGUCGGGGCUCUGGCAACGCAGGGGCAGAACUUUGUGAUCGCGAAAAUGAACAACGGGACGGUGGUUGCCGAUGACGAUGACGAUGACGAUGACGAUGACGAUGAUGAUGACGACGAGGAUGACGACGAUGACGAGGAUGAUGAGGAAGAGGACGCAUCGGUCGUCAACACGAUAUUGCCCAAGGAUGACAAGGAGAACAAAACGGCCGAACCUGUUCUAACGAUCAAGGAGGAAAUCGAACCUCAGACCGAGCAAUGGGUUAGUAAGGAAGAGGCGCCUGCUGCGAUCGUCGUUGAAGAGGCGAACGUACCCCAGGAGGCGGUCUCGAUACCUCUUUCCGUAGUGGAGGUGAAGAACAAGGUGGAGGAGGUCAAGGAACCGGAGCCGGAGCCGGAGAAGGUCGUGGUGUCUCAAGAAUCUGAGGAGGACGACGACGAUGACGAUGACGAUGACGAUGACGACGACGAGUUUGAAGAAGAGGACAGUGUCUUUGCGACGCUGGUCGAAUCCAAACUUGUCAAUGAUGACUUGCCCCUUGAGGUCAAACCUCAAGUCAAGGAGUCGAAGGAUGUCCCCGUUUCGGACAACACGGACGCUCUACUCGAAGAGGAGGUCACACCCGUCGAAGAGGCACCAUCCGUGAAGGAGGACAUUAACGAACAAGCGGAAGCACCUACGAUGUCCGAGGUCGAAGAGCCACUUUCUCAAGAUGAAGAAGUCCUCGACCCCGCACCCGUCUCCGAAGCUCCCGAGCUCGUACUGGAAGAAAUGACCCCCGUCGAUGCGCCCGUUGAAGCUUACGACGUUUCCCCUCCCACCGAAGUCGAGCUUGAACCACCCUUCGAUCAUGCAUUCCCAGAGGUCGACGCGACGCUCAUCACCGAAGUCGUAGAAGAAGCUCAAGCGCCUAUCGAAGAAUCCGAAGUCAUGGAGGACAUCGUUGAUGGACGUGUGGACAUCGUCGAGCCUGUUCCGGUCGACGAGACGGCGACGAUGGCGAGUGAAUACCCACCUGCUCCUACGCCCGCUCAAGAACCUGUACUCGGUGCGACGAAUGAGGAACCGGCUCAAUUCGAAGCGACGCCUACACCACCACCUGAACCCGUCGUCGACGACGCGACCCAGCUUGAGGAGGAGACCGUCGAUAUCGAUGCUACUGCCACUGCUCCCGCCCAAGCUGAGAUCGAAGUCGAAGCUUCUCUGCCACUCGAGACUGGAACACUCAAAGCCGCCGCCUUGACCAGUGAGGAAGCUAUGGACGACGCGUUCGACCUUCCUGGUGGCUCGGGGGCGUUUGGACAAGAUGUGAUGGGGGCCUAUCAGAAUGCGACUGCGAAGGCGGCGCCUGAACCUGAGAUUGAGAUUGAGGAGGCGGAGGUGGUGGAGGUGGCGGAGCCGGUCGUCGUGGAGGAGUCGACAUUGGUCGAUGCGGGUACUCAGACCGAUGAGGUGGGAAAGGAGAAGGUCGAGGAAGCGCCUUCGCAACUCGACGAGGUCGUACCCACUCCUGGACCUGCUUCCGAAGCUGUCGAGGAGGCCCCAUCACCCGAGGAACAAACCGAGAAGGUCUUUGAUCCUCUCGAGCAUCAACCCCCCCAUCGACCUACUCAAUACGUUGAAGAUGCUCAACAACAGAUCGAGGAGAAUGUUGUCACAUCGGACGAGGCUCAAACAAGAGCUGAGGAAGCGGACGACGAUGACGAGGACGAUAAGGACUCGGAUCUUCUCGACUUCAAUCUCGACGAUGAUGCCGAUUUAGAAGCGUUACUUGCACCUCCUACGACACCUUCUUCGACGACAGCUUCGGAGGAACCCGCCAUUGCUGAGCCUGUACCCGCCGAGGCGGCUGUACCCAACGUUGAAGAGGCGGAGGAAGCGGCGGAAAAACCUGCUGCUCCGGGCUUUGCGGCUCUCCCUGUCAAGGAUGUUGAGGUUGAUGAGGCGCUCUUGCAAGCUGAGGAGACUGCGUCGGCCGAGGAGCAGAAGCAGGCUCCGGAGGGAGCAGAGCAAGACACGCUCGUGACGCCCACAACAACGACAGAAGAAGCCGAGCCUGCCGAGCCUGCACCUGCGGCAACAGUUACUGAGGAGACUCCCACCGUAGUCGAGGACGAGGAAGAUGUGGAGAGGGUCAAGGAUGAGUUGUAG